AUGUUUAAGAUCGAAUCUGAAGCAGACGAAAUGAAAACAAGCGCUAGUAAGUUGGACGAUGCUUGCAAGUACUGCAUGUUGAGGUUAUUAUCAAUGAUCUUGUGGGAAGGAAACACAACUACGGUGACAAUCGGAAAGUUGGCCCACAUUACGGAACGGAAAGGACAUCGUAAAAGUUUCAAGUUGAUGAGUUUUGACAGAAAAUCAAAAGAGACACCUUGCCGAGAAGGAAGCUUCUUGUUCCAUAAUGCAUGA